CAGGGAGGCGGGGCGGGCGGACGGCGGCCCCGGCCCGCGGGGAAGUGACCGUGCGGAGGUGCGAGUUGCCGGGCGGCAGCGCCAGCGCAGUGGAGUUCGGCCCACGUGCACACGCCCAGGAAACCGCCGCGCCCUGGAGACGGUCCCGUCGCCCCGGAAAGUUGGCGCUGCCGGUCAGCGGCGGGACGGGCGGGCGGUGUUCGCGCACCUGGCCGCUCCCCAGCGCCGGGCUGACCGCCCCUCGCAGCCUGCGCCGCGCGCCGCCCCUUGGGUGUCCGAGAGCCGGCAGGGCCCGGGUCCAGGGGCCGGCGGGCCGUGGUGGGUGGGAGCGUCCCCUCUUGCGGCCCGUGCAGCUUAUCAGGCCUGCUGAUGGUCCGUGCAGAUUCCUGCGGGUGGAAAUGCUUGUCCCGCACGGAAGCGCCCGUUCGGGCAGGCCCGGCCCCGGGGCGGUAGGGAGGCGGCCACGACCCUUCCGUGCGCGUUAGGAGAUUGAGGUUUGCAAGGGUCGGUCAGAGAGCUGCUCGGUGCUGCGGUGGAGCGUCUUUAUCCCGGGGAGGUGAGUGACCGGCUGUUCCUUCUGCCCCACUUCGAGCAACGACUCGUGCAGCCGACCCGCGAGCUGCAUCGGGCCUCUGCUCUCCACUCGCCAGGAACCCCCCAGGGCCAAGUGAGAGCCUGAAGGAGUGUCCUUCACACUCCUCUUCACGGCGAAUUCCUGUCAAAUUUCAACAUAAAACUGACAAAAGAAAACCCAUUAAAAUAAGAAAGAUCUGUUUUAAAAAACACAUUUAGGGUCUGAGCUUCCUUUUGGGACUUAAAAGGGAAGCCUGCCUUUUGAGGGCUUUUCCCCAAGACCAGCUGGGUGGCCGGGAGGUUGAGAUUCAGGCCCCCGAGGGUGCCUCUGCGCCAGCCCUCCCUUCCCGGGUGGGCUACGUGGUGGCAGUGGCUUGUGCUCCAACUUGGGGUGUUUGCUUGCAAGCCCAUCUCUUAAACGUUUUGCUGUUUGUCCCCGAGAUGCGGUUAGUUGUAGGAGGAAGUCUGGGAGGUCCACGAGAGGUCACCAGUUCCACAGUUGGCACUCUGCGUGGUGGGUGGAGGUGCAGAGUCAGGGGCUUUCGGCCGAGGGAGACUGCUGCGGAGCCCGUCAGUGACAGGCCUGGGGCACAUUCCCGAGGCCGAGAUCUCAGGCACUGGAGCCAGUGUCGCAGCCCCAGAGUGGGGCUCUGCAGACAGUGUGGGGUUCUCAGGGGUGGCUCUCGCCGUGGAGUGACAGCGGAGGCGCUGUCUGUAGCACGUUGCACAUGUCAUGGUGCCCUGGGGAGGGAUGAGGGCACAACCUAUCGCGGUGGGAAGGCAGUAGCUGAGGGGUGCCCCUGAAGGGAAGCAGCAGGCUGAGUGGCCUGUGAGGGGUUUCCUUGGCGGUCACCGUGGAGGUCCUGCAGAAGCUGGGUUGGCACCUGUGGGAGGAGCAGGGGUGGUGGUGGAGACUGGCUCCAGACAGUAUGGGGCUCCCCUCUUGGGUCCUGGUGGGGCUGGAGGACAUGAUAGUGGAGAGGAUGGACAGACUAUGGUCACACCAGGCCACUGAGGCCUCUGGCCCAGCAGGGGCACCACCAGGAUGGCAGUGCUCUGGGGCUCCAAGGGCCCUCUCCUGGGUGGCAGCAGAGGAGAGGAAGGGCCGGCUCGGGGAGUGGUGGUCAGGAGUGGAGAGCCCCUGAGCACGCUUGUCCCGCGGUCACGAGGUCUGUGCCUGCAGGCGUCCAGCCGGUGCAUGGGCUCCCCGAGGUUCAGGGCUGGGACCUGACCCAGGAGGGAUGUCGCAGUCACCCUGGUGGCCUGUCAGCUUGUCUGAGAAGGUGACUGUGAGCAGUGGGGCUCUGUGUCCUCGAGGGGCGUGCCUGCUGAGGGCCUCUCCUUACCACAUGCCUCUCUCGUCCUGGGAAUCCCUGGGUCGGGGGGUGGCCUGGUGGAAGCUGUUGAAGGUCAUUGAAACGUGAUGAUGAGUUCUGGGGUGAGUGAUUUGUUCGCUGGGGGUUCUGUCUGGAGUCAGCGUGUACUGUCUGGCUGUGCCCAGGCAUGCUUGGGGGUUCUCUCGUCUUGCAUCUGUGUGGGGCUCAGCUUACCUCUGCCUCUGUUGCAGGGAGUCAGUACCAAAUGAGGAGGAAAGGACGAUGUCAUCGAGGCGCAGCAGCGAGGCACCCUUCCUCCCCGUGCAGUACUAAGCACUCACCCGCUCGAGAGACCCUGACCUACGCACAGGCCCAGAGGAUGGUGGAGAUCGAGAUCGAGGGGCGCCUGCACAGGAUCAGUAUCUUUGACCCCUUGGAGAUCAUCCUGGAAGAUGACCUCACUGCUCAGGAGAUGAGCGAGUGCAACAGUAACAAGGAGAACCGGGAGCGGCCGCCCGCGGGCCUGCGGGCCAAGCGGCACAGAAACAACAGAGUCAGGAGGAAGAACGAAGCCCUGCCCAGUGCCCCCGGCCCGCUGGCCUUGGCCGGCACGCUCCCCGAGCCCAGGGUGCGCCUUGUGGAGUACAGCCCGCCGGCCGCCCCCAGGAGACCCCCUGCAUACUACAAGUUCAUCGAGAAGUCGGCUGAAGAGCUGGACGACGAGGUGGAGUACGACAUGGACGAGGAGGACUACGCCUGGCUGGAGAUCGUCAACGAGAAGCGCAGGGCCGACUGUGUCUCGGCUGUGGCGCAGAGCGUGUUUGAGUUCCUGAUGGACCGUUUCGAGAAGGAGUCCUACUGCGAGACCCAGAAGCAGGGGGAGCAGCAGUCCCUGAUCGACGAGGACGCCGUGUGCUGCGUCUGCAUGGAUGGUGAGUGCCAGAACAGCAAUGCGAUCCUCUUCUGCGACCUGUGCAACCUGGCCGUGCACCAGGAGUGCUACGGGGUGCCCUACAUUCCCGAGGGCCAGUGGCUCUGCCGACACUGCCUGCAGUCGCGGGCCCGGCCUGCCGACUGUGUGCUGUGCCCGAACAAGGGAGGUGCCUUCAAAAAGACGGACGAUGACCGCUGGGGCCACGUGGUGUGCGCCCUGUGGAUCCCGGAGGUCGGCUUCGCCAACACAGUGUUCAUCGAGCCCAUCGAUGGCGUGAGGAACAUCCCUCCGGCCCGGUGGAAACUCACAUGCUACCUCUGCAAGCAGAAGGGCGUGGGCGCCUGCAUCCAGUGCCACAAGGCCAACUGCUACACGGCAUUCCACGUGACGUGCGCCCAGAAGGCCGGCCUCUACAUGAAGAUGGAGCCUGUCAAAGAACUGACUGGCGGGGCCACGACCUUCUCUGUCCGCAAGACCGCUUACUGUGAUGUCCACACGCCCCCAGGCUGCACGCGGAGGCCGCUGAACAUCUAUGGGGAUGUUGAAAUGAAAAACGGUGUCUGUCGAAAGGAGAGCUCCGUGAAAACGGUCAGGUCCACGUCCAAGGUCAGGAAGAAGGCGAAAAAGGCUAAGAGGGCACCAAACGAGCCCUGUGCGGCCCUGCCGCCUGUGAGCGCGCCCUACAUUCCCCCUCAGAGAUUAAAUAGGAUCGCAAAUCAGGUGGCCAUUCAGCGGAAGAAGCAGUUUGUUGAGAGAGCCCACAGCUACUGGCUACUCAAAAGGCUGUCUAGGAACGGCGCACCGCUGCUGAGGAGACUCCAGUCCAGCCUGCAGUCCCAGAGAAACGCGCAGCAGAGGGCAAACGAUGAGGAGCUGCAGGCCGCCAAGGAGAAGCUCAAGUACUGGCAGCGGCUGCGGCACGACCUGGAGCGCGCGCGCCUGCUGAUCGAGCUCCUGCGCAAGCGUGAGAAGCUCAAGCGGGAGCAGGUGAAGGUGGAGCAGAUGGCGCUGGAGCUGCGGCUGACCCCGCUCACCGUGCUGCUGCGCUCUGUGCUGGACCAGCUGCAGGAGAAGGACCCCGCCCGGAUCUUCGCCCAGCCCGUUAGCCUGAGGGAGGUGCCAGAUUAUUUGGAUCACAUUAAACAUCCCAUGGACUUUGCCACAAUGAGGAAGCGGUUAGAAGCGCAAGGGUAUAAAAACCUCACUGAGUUUGAGGAGGAUUUCGAUCUCCUAGUAGAUAACUGCAUGAGGUACAAUGCCAAGGACACGGUGUUUUAUAGAGCCGCAGUGAGGCUGCGCGAUCAGGGCGGUGUUGUUCUGAGGCAGGCCAGGCGCCAGGCGGACAGCAUCGGCUUUGAGGAGGCCUCGGGGACGCACCUGCCCGAGCCGCCUGCCGCGGCCCCUCGGCGGCCUUUCUCCUGGGAUGACGUGGACAGGUUGCUGAACCCGGCCAACAGGGCCCACAUGGUGCUGGAAGAGCAGCUGAGGUUGCUGCUGGACAAGCUGGACCUCACAUGCUCCAUGAAGUCGAGUGGGUCGCGGAGCAAGCGGGCCAAGUUACUGAAGAGGGAGAUCGCCCUCCUUCGCAGCAAGCUGAGCCAGCAGCAGCACAGCCAGCCCCCGCCCGCGGAAUCAGGUAUUGGAAGCUUUGAAGAGGAAAGUGCUCAACUGGGGCAGGAGACGGGCGAGGAAGGAGAUAAAUCUCCCCCUAAACUUGAACCAUCAGAUGCAUUACCUCUUCCUUCAAACUCGGAGACUAAUUCAGAACCACCAACCCUCAAACCAGUAGAACUCAACCCAGAGCAGAGUAAACUAUUCAAAAGAGUCACAUUUGGUAAUGAAUCACAUAGCACUUGCACUCAGAGCGCCCUGGUAAUCGGACACCCUCCAGAGCCCACCCUCGCCAGUAGUGGCGAUGCGCCGGCGGCGGCCUCCGCAGUGGCGGAGCCAUCAAGCGAUGUAAACAGACGCACUUCUGUUCUCUUCUGCAAAUCGAAAAGUGUAAGCCCCCCAAAGUCUGCCAAGAACACUGAAACCCAGCCAACUUCUCCUCAGCUAGGGACCAAAACCUUUUUGUCUGUAGUCCUUCCGAGGUUGGAGACUCUUCUGCAGCCAAGAAAAAGGUCACGGAGCACCUGCGGCGACUCCGAGGUGGAGGAGGGGUCCCCGGGAAAGCGCCUGGACACAGGUUCUCACUUUAACUGCUAACAUGCUGGGUAGCUCACUCUUUGGAUCUUAAUUAUUUUCUCUUACCUUGGACUGGAGCUCUGCUAAGCAGUCAUUUUGGAGCGCAGAAAGAUCGUUGCAUCCUUGCAUUUCACAUAAUUCUUGCGGAUGACGUUGGAAGCAUCAGUUCAGCCAUCCUCCAAACAAAAACACAAUCACCAAACCUGGAGGGGACAUGUCCCACCCCACCCACCCCCUUCUGUAAGUCAGAGCCGGACACCACAGGAGGAACAGCGUGGGUGUGUGGGAGCCGCCGCGUCCCUCCUCGAGCCGGCCGUGCCCGUGGAUAGGUGUGAACGGUGCAGAGGGGAGACGACGCAAGUGGACAGAUUCCAGUCCCACCCUCAGCAGGCACAGAACUGGGCCUGGAGUGGCCAGGGCCCCUGCGUGGGGGUGCCCGGGCACAGGAAGGACCUUGGCCCACCCCAUGUGGCACAGCCAGACGACGUGGCAUAGACACCGACCGCUGCCUUGGUUGCCAGCACCUUCAUUUCCUGGGCUUCUGCCUGAUCCCUUCUUCCCUUUACUUGUCUCUGGCCUGUUCCCGCCGGUCGCAUCUGGGGACCCCUGAUCCAUGACAGCUCUGUCUCUGCCCACCUCUCUGAACCUUGCCACAGGGAGCGAAGUGCCUGUGAGCCUUGCCCGCCGGUCCUGCGCCCUCUGGGAGCCAGUCAGGCAAACACAGGGCGGUUGGGUUCUUCCUGUUUGCUGUGUUUCCGUAUUUUUGGAAGGUUGAAAAGUGCACAGAAGGUGCGGUUCUACUGCAGGCAUGAAAUAAAAAUGUGUGAACAAGAUUGCCGGCCCGCCUUCGGCUCACAGAGCUGAGUGCAGCCUCUGUGCCCGUGGCCCGAGCGGCUGGUCCCGUGGGGCCCUGUGGCGGGGAGUGAGCAGCAGCCCGGGCGGGCCACAGUGCGCACAGCCCACCUUGCUUGCCCGCCUCUUGCCUGCUGCUAUCCAGAAGGUCCUUCAAGCCCCAGUGAGAGUGUGGCAGGUGUGGACCUUGGCUGACUGUCCCACCGGUUGGAGCACCUGGGGCUUCUUGCUGCCUGGCAGGUGUGAGCUUUGUGCAGCAGAGGUCUCAGCUGCGGGCAGCUCUAAGAUCUGCUUCAGUCGUUGCUAAUCGGCGUUUCACGAGGCCCUUUAGGCGCCCACUCUGCACGAGGCCCAAGGAGCAUCUGGCCAGGUGCCUCUGGCUUGGUGUGCCGCGCCUUUGGGGGCAGCGGAGGAGGCUCCAGUGCUCCAUGCGGAAAGGGCAGCACACGUGUUGGAGGGCAGUGGCCUUUCCCCGACAGCCACCUUGCCGGCACAUGCUGGCUUCGAGCACUUCCGUCGCCAUGCCGGAAUAGCCGCUGAGAAGAUGCUCUGCCGCACCCUUGGGCUCGGUUAGGGUCUCGGGCAUGGUAUGCACGCCUGCUUGGCAAAGGGCCCAGCGGCCCACCUCUGUGUAGGCCCCCAGACCCCGCCAGCCUGGUGUUACUUCAAGCCCUUGCCGGGCCUGUGAGGCGGGGCCCUGUGGGCUCAUGGAGGCACCGCUGGCAGGAGGGGUUGGCAUGGGGAGCCCGUUGGUGGGGCUGGGCAGGUAGAUGGUGAGCAAGAAUAGGCCGCAUGCCUGCUGCCAGCCGGGAGGGCCGUGGCCGGGCUUGUCUGAGGGGCCUGCCUUUUAGUGGGUGCUUGGGGCCAUUUCAUGGGCGACCCGGGGCGAAGUGGGAGCAGCUCGUCGCCCUGGAUGUUCUGCCGUCUCGGUGCUCAGGGGGAUAAAGAGGAGCUGUGAGCCAUGCCGCGUCUCUCCGACUGAGGACCUCCCCACGCUACAGUCUCCCCCCCAGUGUCCCUCGGGGUGCCUGCUUCAGGGGCUCGCCAGCGUGCCCGCAGGUGCCAGCUUCCUUGUGGCGCUGGGAGGGCAGGUGCCCUGUGUGUUGGUGCCCUGGGUCUCCCUCCUCCUCAGCCGCUGUCCGCCUGGUGUGCUCGGUAGCGGUGCCGCCUGCGCUUCCUCUUGAUUCUCCCUGUGGCCGCCCCCCGCCACAGCUGGGACCCUGUUCGUCCUCGCGGGCUCUUCCCAGGUGCCCGGCUGCACCUGUCACAGGCGGUGAGACCCACACACCCGCUCCUAGAAAGGCCCCAUCGUCUGGGCCCAGCCCACGGCCGCUCUGCCUGGAACGGCGCACAGCCAGCUUGCUUGGCUGGCAGAAGCACAGAUGCCCUGUGGGGUCCCAGGAGCGCUAGAUGAGGUUGAGGCCGUUGCAAGUCUCCGGCGUCAGCUCCACAGUGACCUGCGCAGAGCAGCUUUGUGGCUGCGUGUGCUUGUCGCUCAGAUGUUGUCACAGGUGUCAGCACCUGGCCUGGCGCCAGGUGGUGUACUUGGGUCCCCCAGGCGCUGGUGGCAGCCUGCAGCUGUCAGGUGCCGGGUGGGCAGUGCCUUAGUGGCUGUGCCCCUUCUCUCAGACCUGGGCUCUCUGUGCCGGGCUCUGUGUGUCGUCCGUGUGGGUCAGGCAGCUGUCCCUGACGUGUCUGACUCCGAGUUGGGGGUCUCUGCCCUUGGGGGGGCCCUUCUGCACCUCACUGAGGACUGUUGGCCUUGGCUGACCCUGGGUGUUGAGGUGCAGGCCUACCCACCCCUUUACCUCUGUCUUCCUCACCUGCUGGGAACAGGGCUGGUGUCGGUUCUUCUACAGUGAAGGGGUGACGACAAGCCAGCAUGUCUCAAUCCCACGGCGUAGACUUACUUGCUGCAUCUCACGGGGCUGCUCUUUCCAAGAUUGUUCUUAUAAAUGUCCAGAUUCCAUAAAUAAGUAGAGCACCCUCAGCUACCUGCAAUCACUGCUUUAUAAAUAGGAAUUAGGUUUAGAAUAAAAAAUACGGAGUUUUUCAUAAAGCCAGUGGCCCUGAGUCUGACGGAAAUGAAGCAGCAGUGGGUCUGCCGAGUUCGCUCAAGGGAAACACGCAGCCUCCUCGUCUGCUGGGCGAGCAGCAGAACUCGCUGUUUCUGCAUUUUUAUUUCUUAGCUGCUGCCAGAGGUCACGCACUGCCCUUAUUUGAAAAUGAGGUCUCGUCACUGAGAAAAUACUGCAAGUAUGUAAAAGUGGAGAAAACUUUGUAAUCUGGCCACCUGCUUGAAAACCUUUUUAAAAGAAAUGGAUUUAAAAUUUUUUUAACAAUGGGAAUGGGAUUCCUCUUUUGGGAAGAAAGAUGUGCAGCCCAGUCCCGCUGUCCACGCGAGGCCCUGGACCAGGCCGCGUCCACUGCCCCUCUGCUGGAGAGGCUUCCGCGCUGCCUCUCGCCCCUUCCCUGCUCGGCGCUGGGUUCUGCCUACCUCCUGGCUGAUGCCCGGCUAUUCAGGAGGGUGGCCAGUGGUGGACCUUUGCCUUGAUUAAAAACCUCGGAUGUUGAGGUGAUCUUCCCUUUGUGUUUUGUUUGGCUGCUCAGCGGAUUUGGAAUCGGGCGAGUGCCCACUGUCUGGUGGGGUGGUGCUGGCCCACCCCAUGGGCGUCGUGCCCACGCGUGCUGCUGUUCAUAGCUUAGGGUGCUUCUGGGCACAGUGUCCGAGGUUUAUGAGACACUUGCCUUCUGUGUUAAGAUUUUGGAGGUUCGUGUUAGUACCUUUCUCAGGCUUGCGGAUCUGUUAGCAUUCUGUGUGAUCUGCUGCCAGGUGGUGGUGCCCCCCAGUGAGGAUGCCUGGCUCGGCCCGGGCGAGGCUCAUGCCUGCGUGGCCAGAGUCUGCAGGGAGGACCCAGGACCCUCUGCUGUGCCAAGUUUUACUUUGAAGAGCAGCUUCAGCCCCUGUCCUCUGAAUAUCUGGGUUUCAGCUUUUAUUUCACCCCAGACAGGUCCACGUCCUGUGUGGGAGGCACAGCUGGGUGUGGGUGGGUGAUGCUGCCAGGUGCUGCGCAGGGUGCCCCCAGGCCUGCUGGGAGCCUUGCCCGUCUCGGCUGAGCUCAGGCGCCCGCGUGGCUGUG